UACAUAUUUUUUAAAAAUAUACAAUAAUAAGAUGACGAGCCAGUGCAGACAAAAUUAUCACCCCGAUUCAGAGGCAGCAAUUAACAAACAGAUUAAUUUGGAACUCUUUGCUAGUUACGUGUAUCAGUCGAUGGCAUAUUAUUUUGAUCGAGAUGAUGUCAGUCUCCCUGGAUUCCACAAGUUUUUUAAGAAGUCUUCAGAUGAAGAGCGAGAUCAUGCAGAAAAAUUCAUGUCUUAUCAGAACAAACGUGGUGGCAGAAUUGUACUUCAGGCAGUUAUGAAACCUGAACAGGAUGAAUGGGGCAGUGGUUUGGAUGCGGUGCAAAUGGCUUUGCAACUAGAGAAAAAUAUCAACCAGUCAUUGCUUGAUUUGCACAAAAUUGCUGCAGACCAUAGUGACAGUCAUCUGUGUGAUUUUCUUGAAUCUGAAUUCUUGAGUCACCAAGUAGAAUCUAUUAAAGAAUUAGCUGAUCACCUUGCUAAUUUGAAACGUGUUGGUGCUGGACUUGGAGAAUAUAUGUUUGACAAAACUACAUUAGGCAGCUCAAACUCCUGAACCAUUUUUUGGUUGAAAACGAAAACUAUCCUGCUGUAGUCAGUGUUUACAAGGCAUAUCAUGUACUAUAGUUGCUAAUAGCAGCACACUGUAAUUGGCUAUUAUUGUCAAUGUGAAUGAAAGUAACGAUCUCAGCAUGACUUGAAUCAAUAAGCAUAACCUUCAAUAUGGUCAGGUCAACAUUCAUGUCAGAAUCAGUAGAAACAAUACUGCAUCAUCUGUGUUUUUUUUUUAAUAUAUGUGUUUUGUGUUAUCUAUGUAGGAAAAUAAAUAUUUGAUAUUUCAA